AUGUCCCCAGAGUCCUCUACGUCUCGCUCCGCUCCACGUCUUUUGCGCGCCGACGAAGAGGCCGAAGCAGUCGGCCACGAGAUAUGGACGGAAGCCAACGAUGGGCUGCAUCUUGAACCCAACCUCGACUCGAAUGGCCUCCAGGAACAUCCGGCAGGGACGAUGAACAAUGGUGCCCCAGACGGUGACGCGCAGUUACCGGUCUACACCUCACCCAAGAAAUACACCAUGGGUCAACGGUCGGUCAAGGCCUUCGUGAAUUCCGCACAGUUACAGGGGCAUCUUGCCAUUCUCCACGCGUUUCACGCGCUUCGCAUGGCGAUGGAGCAGGGCGCCGACGAGAGAAUACCAGCCUUCGUGCAGAGAAUGGACCCGGCGGGGCGGUGGGGAUGGUUUGUAAACUUAGCAGUUGAACGGUUCGAACGAUGGUGUUUGACGCUAGAAGAGGAUGACGUCGUGCUGGACCACCUUCCGCCGAUUGACGUAGUGAUGGUCUGGCACUCGUACUUGCUUAACCCCAACAAGUAUGCCGAGGAUACUACCCGCGUUCGUCAGCUUGGACGCCUAACCAAGUACACUGAGGACAUGGAGAUGUUCCUGGCACUUCCCGAUCUUCUAACCACCGAUAACCCGACUCCAGAACGUGUUCAAUCAUGGAUACAGCGGACACGCACGCCGUAUGCACCAGCCAACGCCAUUGCCGAGAUGACGCAUAAGUAUGUUCAGUGUCCGCUAUGCUUUGCCCACGUCACUGUCCCGUUCAUUACGUCGCGAGGGACAGGCUACGCACAGAGCAAGUUCGGCCACGAAUGCGACUGUAGCUAUCAAAUCACCAAGGAAUCUCUCGGCCUCACCAAACUUGCCAGGAACAUCGUCAAAACUGGCGCUCCAGACAAGUACCUUGCGCGAACCGUCAUGACGCCCACGUCUCUGAUAGACAAGAGGUUCGCAACUCAUAUCAAGGACCGUGUCCUUGCUGCGAUGCCGGUGCAGCAGGCCCUCUCGCAGGCGCCGCGACUCGACGGACACGACGUUGACAAUUACACGCGACAAAUCCUGCUGAACGUUGAUUACUCGGUCAAGAAGUUUCAUGCUGCUAUGCAUUCGCAGGUUUUACACCUGCUGUCCGUUUGCUCACCACCUCUGGGAUCGUUCAUAGAGAAGAUGCACGAUCUCGAAUGGAUCCGGCCGGGAUUUUUCGAUGCUCAGGAGGACCAGCUGCGCAGGUUCUUGGGGCUCAUGGCUGAGUCACCGGCAUCAUUCUUCGUACCUACCCUUGAUAUCGACCUCGCGUGGCACACACAUCAGCUCAUGGCAAAGGCCUAUCAGAAGAACUGCAUCAAAUACAUCAAACGAUAUGUCGACCACAAUGACAAGGUUGAAGAAAACCGGCUCGCAAACUCCUUCGACGUCACUUGCCGCGUGUGGCAGGACAAAUACCACGUACCGUACAUGCACUGCGGCUGCCCUCUGCCCGGGGACACUCUCGGGCAGAAGCUCAAGCGCCUCGUAAACCGGCACGCUCCCCCAGAAGCGGAAGCGCUCUUACCUACCGACACACCACUAGCGCUUGCAGCUACGCAUCCGAGCGAGCACAACGCCGUGUUUCCGCUGCAUCGCAAGAGCUCGAGUAUGCUCGGAAGAAGGCACCGCGAGGAGAAGUUCGCGCGGCGUGUGCGCAAGGCGGCUCAAAGCAACGACAGCGGCAGCCGCGGAGAGCCAUGGGCUCAGAGUCGGGCGAGGGCGCCGACGCAUUCACAGGCGUCCCUGUACCCGGUUCCUAUGUAUUACUGGAUGCCGGGUGGACGUGUAGCUGGUACAGGGGGUGUUGUGACGGGUCCGACGGCGUCGUCGGGCAGGCUGGCGGGUGCACUUCCACGUGUGCAGCUGGUGUUGGGGCAUGUGCAACUGGUGCCUCUUGCGGAGGCGGUGCUGCAGCAUGUGGUGGAGGAAGUACAGGUGCAGGAAGUUCAGGUGCAAGAAGUUCAGGUGGAGGAAGUUCAGGCGGAGGAAUUUGGUGGAGGAAUAGCGUGCGGCGGCGGAGGUGGGGGUGGAGGUGGAGCAGCAGCAGCAGCAUGCGGUGGUGGCAGCAGCAGCGGGGGAGGAGGUGGUGGCGGUGGUUGUGGCGGGGGCGGCGGGGGAGGCGGUGGUUGUGGCGGGGGUGGUGGGCCCGGAGGCGGAGGUACAUGCUGA